UCAUGAUUGACGAAGUUGCAAUUGCGAAAGAUACUGAUAAAAUGGAUAUUUGCAAGAAUCGUUUGAGAGAAUUACUGCUUGUCCUUCUUAAUUGCAUCAUCACCCAUUGUCGUUUUCCAAGCUUCCUGCCAUGCGAUGGUGCAAGGCUGUCCAGACUGAUUAAUUGCAGCCACAGGGGUUUAAUAUCAAUACCUAUAAUCAGAUCAGAAAAUGCAACCACACUGCUGCUAAAUUUUAAUUCACUUCAAGAGAUCAAGAGACAAUCUUUUUCUGGUGUCCCAAACCUUGAGAUACUUGACCUGAGUUAUAACUGUUGUCCUGGGAAACUCCGGUCCCCUGGUGAAGAAUGCAAACUGACCAUUGAACCCACAGCAUUCGUCCACCUUCGCAAAUUGAAAAAAAUCGACCUUACAGGAAACAGUCUGACGAGAAUCCCACCAUUGCCUGCAAACCUUAUUGACUUGAGGUUGAUCCUCAACAAUAUCAUCAAUCUGCAGUUUAGCAACGUCUCCAAUCUGGUAAACCUGGAGGUUCUGAAUAUCAGCAAGAACUGCUAUUACCAAAAUCCAUGCAACACCUCAAUGACUAUUGCAGAGGACACAUUUAAGAGAAUGCAGAGGCUGCACAUACUCGAAAUGGACUUCAAUAACAUGAAAGCUGUGCCCAGAGGUCUUCCGCGGUCAUUGACUAGGCUGAGUCUCUGCGAGAAUAAGAUUCAGCGCAUUUCAGCAGAGGAUUUUAAAGGUCUCAUUGAUUUGGAGCAGCUUCUUCUGGCAUGGAAUUGCCAACGAUGCGAUCAUGCCUCCCAGCCCUGUUUUCCUUGUAAAGGCAACAAACCCAUCGAGCUGUCUCCUGGAGCCUUCCACCCCCUUAGAAAACUGAAGCAGCUCGUGCUCAGAGGUAAUUCCCUUCGGAAGCUUGAUGCCCAGUUAUUCCACUCUCUGGGAGGUUUAACCGAACUUGAUCUGUCAGACAACUUCCUUGCCUAUGAAAUUCAAAACGCCACAUUCUUUGCAAACCUCCACAUGCUACAAGAUCUCAACCUGAUGUAUAACUAUGAACCUUACAAAACCUUUAAUCGCCUGGUCUUACCUCCUUCUUUUGUGAACCUAACUUCUUUGAGAAAAUUUCAGAUUGAUGGGUAUUUCUUCAGCAGGCUAGAUCAGAGAGGCAUACACUCUCUGCUCAGGCUCCCCAACCUUAAAUCCGUAAACUUUCGAAUGAAUUUCAUACAGACUGUUGACUUGAAAUUGUUUGAAAAUAUAACGACAUUGAAAUACAUUGGGCUGUCGGAAAACAAAGUGUCAUUUUCAAGGCGGAGUUCCAAGUGGUACGGUGAUGAAAAUAACAGAAUUGAAGAGGACUCCACCAGCUAUCAAGAGCAACAGAUUUCUGAGAGAAGAAGUGAAGGUGAGAAUAAUGAGCAUGCCAACACUAAAGAUAGAUUUUCCUUUCAAAGAUGUUCUUCUUACGCAAAGACCUUUGACUUAUCAUCCAACAACAUUGCAGAUAUUAAAGCUGAAGAUUUUGAAGGAUUGGAAGAUGUUGAAUGCCUCUUGUUGUCUUCGAAUUAUCUGACACAGACGCUAAAUGGCUCUCAGUUCAACAAGUUGAAAAAACUGAAGCACUUGGACAUUACUCACAACAGAAUUGAUUUUUAUCAUGACAAGGCGUUUUCAGAGAUCCCAUUGCUUGAGACUUUAGAUCUCAGUUACAACAGCUACACUUUUGAAAUGAAAGGGAUGGGGCAUAAUUUCAGCUUCAUCAAGAUGCUCCCUUCUCUCAGGUACUUACGUCUAGCCCAUAACCAAAUAGCUCAGCGGGUGUCAACUGAGCUGCACAGCAACUCUUUGAAUGCAUUAGACUUUAAGGGCAACAUGUUAAACAUAAUGUGGGAAAGUGGAGCAAACACAUACUUGAGUUUCUUCUACAAUCUUCACAAUUUGACUUUCCUGGACAUCUCGGAAAAUAAGCUGAUGACUGUGCCCCCAGACGCAAUGGUUCGAUUCCCGCCAAGUCUGAAAGAGCUUUACAUCAACAAAAAUCAAAUCAACUUUUUCCAUUGGGAUAAUCUGACAGUGCUAGUCAAUCUACAGCUUCUAGACUUAAGCUAUAAUUUACUUCAUAGCUUGCCCAAAACACCAUGUCACUUCCCCAAGACAUUUUCCAAACUUGUCCUGCAUCACAAUAUGAUAAUGGAACUUCCCAGUGAAUUUUUCUCCAAAGUCAAGGCGAUGCGUUAUCUUGACUUAAGCCAUAAUCGUAUAAAAAUAUUAAACGAAAAUAGUUUUCCCUCUCAGUUACUGGGAGGUUUGGAAGUGUUAGCUCUGGCCAAUAACCCUUUCAGUUGUACCUGUGAUGCUGAUUGGUUUAUUCACUUUAUCGAAGACACUAAUGUGUCAUUGCCAGAGCUCACCACAAGUUGGAAAUGUGAGUUUCCAGAAUCGCAACAAGGAAUGAGCAUUCUUUCAACAAAUCCCCUUUCCUGCCAAAAGGUUUACGGAAGCAUCAGCUUUGUCUUGUCUUUUCUGCUAACAGUAACUUUCACAGUCCUCCCAAUACUGAAUAAGCUGUUUGGUUGGGAUUUCUGGUAUGCCUUCCAUGUCUGUGCUGCCAAGUUAAAAGGGAGUGCAACAAUCGACCAGGAAAAUCUGCACUACGAUGCAUUUAUAGUUUUCGACACCACGUGCAAAGUGAUUGCAGACUGGGUUUAUGAUGAACUGGUGGUCAAUCUGGAGAAGAAAGGCCCAAACAGUUUCAGGCUCUGUCUUGAGGAGAGGGAUUGGAUUCCAGGAAAGUCAUCAAUAGAGAACUUGUAUGACGCCAUUUACCAAAGUAGGAAAACAAUCUUUAUACUGACAAACUCUUAUUUUGUGAGCGGACAAUUAAGACAGGCCUUCUUCAUUGCACAUCAGCGGCUAUUGGAUGAGAAGGUUGACGUCAUUGUGUUGGUCCUUCUCGAUCAAUCCUUGAGAAAGUCAAGGUAUCUGCAGUUACGCAAGAGGUUGUGCAAAGCUUCUGUCUUAAGAUGGCCCCACAAUCCAUAUGCGGAACCAUACUUUUGGCUCAAAUUUCAGAAAGUAUUGACCAGAGACAACAGGUUGCAAUAUGAUCCAAAUUUUAGUGAGAGCUUUUUGCCCUUUGAAUAUAAUUUACAAAGCAUCUUGUGGCAUAAUCAGUAAUUUGAAGAA